CGAAAAGUUUGUAAUCAUCAUUGUCGAAAUUCUUACGUGUAAUGAGUUCGUAUUAUUUUGUUAUAACUUGAUUCUAUUAAAUGUUAUUAUAACAACAAAGAAAAAUCAUCAGCAAAUGAAUACUCAGAUGACCAAAAAUUAUUACAAUUUGAAAAAGAUAUGACGAGAUAUGCUGCUGCAAAUGGUGACUUAGAAACAUUAAAAUUAGUUCACGACAGUGGAUGUGAUUUGGAUGAAUAUGCAAUUACUGAAGCAGCUGCAAAUGGGCAUUUCAAUUGUUUAAAAUAUACACAUGAAAAUGGAUGUCUCUGGGAUGAAAGCACAACAGAAGCAGCUGCAAUUUAUGGUAAUUUAGAAAACUUAAAAUAUAUUAAAGAAAAUGGAUGUAAAUGGGAUGAAAAAACAACUAGGGCUGCUGCUGCAAAUGGACAUUUAGAUUGCCUAAAAUAUGCACAUGAAAAUGGAUGUCCCUGGGAUGAAAGCACAACAGAAGCAGCUGCAAGUUAUGGUAAUUUAGAAAGUUUAAAAUAUAUUAAAGAACAUGAAUGUAAAUGGGAUGAAAAAACAACAAGGGCUGCUGCUGCAAAUGGACAUUUAGAAUGCCUAAAAUAUGCACAUGAAAAUGGAUGUCCCUGGGAUGAAAGUACAACAGAAGCAGCUGCAAGUUAUGGUAAUUUAGAAAAUUUAAAAUAUAUUAAAGAAAAUGAAUGUAAAUGGGAUGAAAAAACAACAAGGGCUGCUGCUGCAAAUGGACAUUUAGAAUGCCUAAAAUAUGCACAUGAAAAUGGAUGUCCCUGGGAUGAAAGUACAACAGAAGCAGCUGCAAGUUAUGGUAAUUUAGAAAAUUUAAAAUAUAUUAAAGAAAAUGGAUGUAAAUGGAAUGAAAAAACUACAAGGGCUGCUGCUGCAAAUGGACAUUUAGAAUGCCUAAAGUAUGCACAUGAAAAUGGAUGUCCCUGGGAUGAAUAUACACCUAGGUUAGCUACUUUUAAAAAUUCAUUAGUUUGUUUGAAAUAUGCACACAUAAAUGGAUGUCCAUGGGAUGAAAAUACAACAAGAGUUGCCGCUGCCAAUGGGCAUUUAGAAUGUUUAAAAUACGCACAUGAAAAUGAAUGUCCUUGGGAUGAAUCUACAACACAAGCAGCUGCAUAUUAUGGUUAUUUAGAAUGCUUAAUAUAUGCUUAUGAAAAUGAAUGUAAAUGGGAUGAAGUAACAACUAUGUUCGCUGCUGAAAAUAAUAGUUUAGAAUGUUUAAAAUAUGCCUAUAAAAAUGGAUGUCCAUGGGAUGAAAAUACAACAAAGGCUGCUGCUGAGCAUGGACAUUUAGAUUGUUUACAAUAUGCUCAUGAAAAUGGAUGUCUGUGGCAUGAAGAUACAACAAAAGUUGCUGCCGAGAAUGGACAUUUAGAUUGUUUAAAAUAUGCCCAUAAAAAUGGGUGUCCAUUGGAUGAAGAUAUAACAAAGGUUGCUGCCGAGAAUGGACAUUUAGAUUGCUUAAAAUAUGCUCAUAAAAAUGGGUGUCUGUGGCAUGAAGAUACAACAAAAGUUGCUGCCGAGAAUGGACAUUUAGAUUGUUUAAAAUAUGCCCAUAAAAAUGGGUGUCCAUGGGAUGAAGAUAUAACAAAGGUUGCUGCCGAGAAUGGACAUUUAGAUUGUUUAAAAUAUGCUCAUGAAAAUGGAUGUAAUUGGGAUCAAAACGUGACUGCAGUAGCAGCAGCAUAUGGAAAUCUAGAAUGUUUAGUAUAUGCUCAUAAAUAUGGAUGUAAAUGGGCAAAAUAUACAACUUGGAAUGCAGCAGCAAGUGGACAUUUAGAUUGUUUAAAAUAUGCAUUUGAAAAUGGAAGCGAAUGGGAUGAUACAAUACCAGCAGAAGCUCUUUCUAUAGGUAAUUUAGAUGUUUUAAAGUUUGCUUUUGAAUAUGUAGGCAGAUGGUGUAAAGGGACAACUAGAGUAGCUGCUUCCAAAGGUUAUUUAAAUAUUUUAAAAUAUUCCUACGAAAAUGGUUUUGAGUGGGCCGAGGGAACCACUGCAGCUGCUGCAAGGAACGGCUGCUUAGACUGCUUAAAAUAUGUGCAUGAAAACGAAUGCAAAUGGGAUAAAGAAACAACCAGAAUCGCUGCAGAGUAUGGACAGUUAGAUUGUUUAAAAUAUGCACACGAAAAUGGGUGUCCAUGGGAUGAAGAUACAACAAAAGUUGCUGCCGAGAAUGGACAAUUAGAAUGCUUAAAAUAUGCACAUAAAAAUGGGUGUCCUUUGAAUGAAAUAACGACAACAUUAGCUGCCGCUAAUGGUCAUUUAGAAUGCUUAAAAUAUGCACAUGAAAAUGAAUGUCCAUGGGAUGAAAACACAACAGAAAAAGCUGCAUAUUAUGGUAAAUUAGAGUGCUUAAAAUACGCUCAUGAACAAGGCUGUAAAUGGAAUCAAAACACAACUAGAGCUGCUGCUUCAUUAUAUCGAAUCGACUGUUUAAAAUAUGCUCACGAACAUGGAUGCGAAUGGAAUGUUGGUACAAGUAGAGCUGCUACUGUAGCAGGUAGUGUCGAAUGUUUAAAAUAUUGCUGUGAAAAUGGCUGUGAGUGUGAUGAAGAUACAACACUAAUUGCUGCUCAAUAUGGUCAUUUAGAGUGUUUAAAAUAUGCACAUGAAAAUGGGUUUCAAUGGGAUGAAAGGACAACAGAAGCAGCUGCAUUCUAUGCUAACUAUCAUUGCUUGAAAUAUGCGCAUGAAAAUGGUUGUAAAUGGGAUAAAAGAACAACAAUAGCAGCUACACAAAAAAAUUGUGUAGAUUAUUUAAGAUAUGUACAUGAAAAUGGAUGCGAAUGGGAUGAUAACACAACUAGAGUUGCUGCUGCGUGUGGUUGUUUAGACUGUUUAAUGUAUGCUCAUGAAAAUGAAUGCAAUUGGAAUGAAGGUACAAUAGUUACAGCUGCUUUGCAUGGUUGUUUAGAUUGCUUAAAAUAUGCAUAUGAAAAUGGUUAUGAUUGGGUUGAGGGUACGAUGAGAGGGGCUGCUGCAAAUAGACAUUUAGACUGCCUAAAAUAUGCCAAAGAAAAUGGUUGUGAAUGGGAUGAAGGCACAACAAGGGAAGCUGCUGCAAGUGGUUGUAUCGAAUGUUUAAUAUAUGCUCAUGAAAAUGAAUGCAACUGGGAUGAAGGAACAAUGAGUGCAGCUGCUGCAAAUGGUCAUUUAGACUGCUUAAAAUACAUGCAUGAAAAUGGAUGUAUGUGGGACGAAAAUACAACAAGACUUGCUGCUGCAAAUGGCCAAUUUUAUUGCUUAAAAUAUGCCCAUGAAAAUAACUGUCCAUGGAGUAGAGAUACUAUUAAUGAAGCUAUUCAAAAUGGUCAUUCUGACAUAGUAAUUUAUACUAGUGAAAAUGGCUGUCCUAAUUAGUUUUAUUUUCAUAUACAGUUAAGUUGACUAUAAUAUUAACUUAAUAAAUUGUCAUAAAUUUCGAUUUUAUGUAUUUAUUGACGAAAAUUAGACAUUUUACUUUUUAAUUAAAUACAUUUUUGAAAAUAUAAUCAA